CUUAUUUGUUGGUACAGCAUCCUGCCAUGUUUGCGGAAGUAUAAUUGGAUACUUUUGAUCUGUCAUUCUUCAGAAAUUAUUUUGUAUCCUUUCUUGACUUUCUGUUAUAACUACAUGUCCUACAUUUCCCAGUUUCAAGGAUAGGACGAAUGUAAGAUGAAUCUGCCAAAGGGACCGGAUUCUCUUUGUUUCGACAAGGACGUGUUUAUGAAGGAUGAUUUCGACGUGGACCAGUUUGUUGCAGAUUGCAGAAAGCAUGUCCAACUUGAGGAGAUGCGCGAGGACCUUGAGAUGUAUUACAAGUUGCUUAAAACAGCAAUGGUUGAGCUCAUCAACAAAGACUAUGCAGACUUUGUCAACCUGUCGACCAAUCUGGUUGGAAUGGACAAAGCCUUGAACCAGCUUUCCGUACCACUGGGUCAGUUGAGGGAAGAGGUGCUGAGUUUGAGGACAUCUGUAAGUGAGGUGAUCCAAGCCAUUGACAACCAGCUCUCCAAGCAAGAUGACUUGCAAAAGAAAAAGAUGUGCGUUAUGAGACUUAUCCAAGUUGUUCGAUCAGUGGAGAAGAUUGAAAAAAUCCUACAUUCCCAGAACUCAAAAGAUUCAACAUCUCUUGAAAUAAGCAGUCCUCUCUUAGCUGGCCAAAUUCUGGAGAGGAUCGCUACAGAAUUCAACCAGCUGCAGUUCCAUGCUGUCCAAAGCAAAGGCAUGCCCCUGCUUGACAAAGUCAGGCCUCGAAUCGCCGGCAUCACGUCUAUGCUGCAGCAGUCUCUGGAGGGCCUCCUUAUACAGGGCCUCCAGACAUCCAAUGUGGACAUUGUACGACACUGCCUACGCACCUAUGCCACCAUUGACAAGACCAGGGACGCGGAGGCUCUGGUGGGACAAGUCCUGGUCAAGCCCUAUGUGGAUGAGGUCAUUGUAGAGAUGUUGGCCAAGUCCACCCCAAGUGGCCUUCAAAGGAUGUACACCAAGCUCCUAGAGUUUGUGCCUCAUCACUGCAGACUGCUCCGUGAGGUGACUGGAAUGGCCCUGUCAAGUGAAAAGGCAGAUAUUGUGCCUGGAUACGACUUCUUGGUGAACUCGGUCUGGCCGGAAAUCAUCAAAGGUAUCGAGGAGAGAAUCUGCUUUCUCUUCAACCCUGGCAACCCUGACACGUUUUAUGAGAGGUACACUGUCAGCAUGGACUUUGUGAGGAGGUUUGAGAGGCAGUGUGGCUCCCAGGCCAGCGUGAGGAGAUUAAGAGCUCACCCUUCCUAUCAGAGCUUCUACAACAAGUGGAACCUGCCAGUCUACUUCCAGCUCCGGUACAAGGAAAUCGCUAUGUGUUUAGAGAAUGCUAUUGCUGACGGCUUAGAAGCAGCGCCAGCGGGCAGUUCCUACCACCUGCUGGUGUCUCAGGUGUUGUGGAACAGCCUGCUCAAGUGCUGGGAGGAGAACAUCUACCUGCCCCCUCUGGCUCACCGCUUCUGGAAGCUCACCCUGCAGCUUAUCUCACGCUACUCCAAGUUCCUGACUGAGGUGUUGACUAAAUCUCCCUCCGCUGAGGUCAGUAAAGACCCUGUGAGGCCCCUUCCCAGCUCCGCCUCUUCCACGUCAAGUCGCACCUCUCAGGAUGAUGCGGGCAGCGAGAGCGGGAGCCCAGCAACACUUUCGACAAAACAGCUGGUCUUUAUAGCCUCCGAUGUAGACAAACUGCAGGACCAGAUUCCAGAACUUUCUGAGACGAUAAAGCGGAGACUGGAGGUUAUUGGGUACAAAAAUUUCACCAUUGUUUCUGAGGCACUAGAGGACUCCAAAGGCUCCUUGUCUGGCUGCAUUCCCACUCUGAACAGAAAGAUGACUCAACAUCUCACAGAGAGGUGCUGCCGCUUCCUGAAGAGUGCCUCCGAGACCCCCCGGUUGUACCGCAGAACCAACAAGGACGUGCCGUCCAGAGCCUCCGCCUACAUGGACAAUGCCUUGCGGCCGCUGCACCAACUCCUGAGCGACUCCAAAGACAUGGUGAAGCCCACCAUCGCCCAGGACUGGCUACGGGUCACCCUCAAUGACUGCACCCACAGAUAUUUUGAUACGAUAUCAGACGUCUUGAGUUCUGUGAAGAAGAUGGAGGAGAGUUUAAAAAGACUGAAACAAGCCAGGAAAUCGGCGACCGCCAACACCACAGGCCCGGCCGGAGGCCCCACGGAUGACAGUAAGAUCCGCCUGCAGCUGGCCCUGGAUGUGGAGUACCUGGGAGAGCAGAUUCAGAAGAUGGGUCUGCAGCCUGCUGACAUUACAAUGUUCUCCGCGCUGAAUGACUUGGUCCAGGGAGCGCGGGACGUGGCUCAAUUAGAGCAGGCUGUACCGUAACCCAGGACACCGGAGGAAUGAACGUGUGUGCGUGCUCAGGUUGAGAGAAAAACGGUCUUAACCCAAAAACAAAGGGAGAUGUUGAAAUCAGGAGAAUUUCAAAAUGUUAGUUACAAUAGCAGUCAAUACUGCCCACUUGACUGACACAGUGCUGAUGUAAUGGGGUCAAAGGGGGUUUCCUGGAGGUUCACCUGCCUGAGAAUUGCUGAAAGAAGACCAGGGCAGCAAAUUGUUUUUACUUUUGGUUAAGGGAAAUUGUAUUGUACAGUAAGAACAGAGCUCUUGAAGGAUGCAAUAUUGUACAUUUUAAAUUAAGAUUAAGUGAAUCAAAGCUGUAAUAAAAUUGGUUAUAAAAGCUUUGGAUACAA